CAACGCAAGAUGCGCUGGAAUUGUAGCUGGACCGAGCCGCUGUUGCUAAUGCUGCUGGCAGAGACGUUGACGUCGACGGCCACCUUGGCAGCAGUGACACGAGCGAGUCUGGAGCUAUAUGGCGACAUACACACACCCGGCGAGUUCGAUUCACUUAGUCAAACGCGUCCGAAUCUCUGUCAACGCGAGCUGCCUGCCAUAUUCUUUCAGACGAACAAGGAGGUGCCGGUGCGUGGCAAUGGCUCCAGCAUUUAUUAUCAACGCAUUGAGCAGUGCUGUGAGGGCUAUCACACGGAUCCGUACAGUGGACACUGUGUGCCGGAUUGUGCGCACAGCUCGCCAGAUAAUUGCCGCAAUGGCUUCUGCCGCGCAACGGGACGCUGUGAAUGCUUUGCGGAAUUUGUACGCAACGAGCAGGGCGCUUGCAUACACACCUGCCCUAUUGCCUGCCAACAUGGACGCUGCUAUCUGAAUGGCACCUGUGCCUGCCACGCGGGCUACACGUUGGAUGCGGAGACACGUCUAUUUUGUCGCGCCCACUGCCCCAAGGGCUGUGGCACGCAUGAGCAGUGUGUGGCGCCGGAUAGAUGCGAAUGCGACCCGGGCUAUCGACGCAUCCCAGAGCUGGGCUGCCAGCCCAUCUGUGCGCCGGACUGUGGCUACGGCAAAUGCGUGGCGCCCAAUGAAUGCGAAUGCAUUCCCGGCUUCAUGAAGCGGCGGCAGCGCAAUGUCUGUGAGGCCGAGUGCUACCUCAACUGUGAGAAUGGCUUCUGUGAGUCCCGCUUCAAGUGCCACUGUCGUGCGGGCUAUCGCUAUGAUGACAACACCACCAGCUGCCUGCCCGUCUGCCAGGACGAUUGUGGGCAUGGCAAUGGGGUUUGCAUUGCGCCCGGGAUCUGUCGCUGUUUCCAGGGCUACGAGCUGCGCGGCAACAGCUGUGAGCCUUUGUGCGAGGGCUCCUGCGGCUACUAUGGAAGAUGUCUAACGCCCAACGUGUGCGGUUGUGGACCGGAUGAACAGCAUUGUGUACAGGGUAGCUGCGAUGCCAAUGGGCAUUGCCAGUGCGCCGCCGGAUGGACGCACUUCCUCGGCAAGUGCCUGGAGCCGCAGCAGAUUGAGCAACAACUGAGCAGCCGACAACGACGCAAGGACCACAAUGAGGAGUUGAAUUACGAGUUUAAUGCGCUGAUUGGACGUUUGUUUAAUUGGUCGUAGAUUUAAGUAAC